UAGCGCGCUCAUUGUUCAUUGUCCUGAGCCUCAACAGCGAGAGAGUUUACAGUAGAGCCGCACACCGUCUAUUUCUAAUCUACUAUCCGGUGAAUACUACCGUUUUUAAACCCUGGCUUUGUGAGUGGGAACAAAAAGGACACAUUCAACAGGUUGAUUUGCGUCCUUCAAUGCUUUAGCUGUCCGGUUCCCGUGUUCUUCAUCCCCCCACGGAUUUCCAGGAGGAGCGAACAUGCCUUUGGGACUCAGGAAAAAGAAAAACAAGUCGAAGGAAAGCUCGAACUUAGUGGAAAACGAGGAGGUCAGCGGACACGCAGGUGUUGGGAAGUCCGCGGUGAACGGUGGCGGUCUGCCGGCUCCACCUGCCAACAUGCGACCGAAACUGGUGUUUCACACGCAGCUCGCGCACGGGAGUCCCACGGGCCGGAUCGAGGGCUUCACGAACGUCAAAGAGCUGUACGGCAAAAUAGCAGAAGCGUUUAAUUUACACCCGGAUGAGAUCCUAUUUUGCACACUCAACACCCACAAAAUUGAUAUGGAAAAGCUGCUGGGAGGGCAGAUAGGACUGGAGGACUUCAUCUUCGCUCACAUAAAAGGGCUCAAAAAGGAGGUGGAGGUGUACAAAGCUGAGGAGGCACUUGGGCUCACCAUCACAGACAAUGGAGCUGGAUACGCCUUCAUAAAGCGUAUCAAAGAGGGCAGUGUGGUGGAUGGGGUAAAGGUGAUCUGUGUGGGAGAUCAUGUCGAAUGCAUUAAUGGAAAGAACAUCGUUGGAAUGCGGCAUUUUGAGGUGGCACGAAUGCUGAAGGAGCUGCCCAAGGAUCAGUCUUUCACCAUCAAACUCGUGGAGUCCAUGAAAGCCUUUGAGAUGCUUGAACCAAGGUCAAGAGGAGGUGGAGGCGGCGGCAAAUCGUCAGGAGAUGGCAAGAUAGGCACAGGGAGAGAAACCCUCAGAUUGCGCUCCAAGGGUCCUGCAACAGUCGAGGAGAUGGUGACUGUGUUUUCUCAAUGUUGCGAUUCUGAGUUUAUAUUUUACACUUCUGACACGUUUAAAUUAAGGUAUCCUCUUCACUUCUGUACAGCCGCCACAAUGGUCGAGGUGGGCAGAGAUAAGAAGAACCCUGAUGAGUUUGCCAUGGCUCUGGACAAGGCUCUUGGUGACUUUGCCUUCCCAGAUGAGUUUGUGUUCGACGUCUGGGGAGCCAUCGGUGAUGCUAAACAGGGACGGUUUUAAGCACUGCUACACACACACACACACACCACCACCACACAUUAAAACUGAGCUGAAAUCAAGAGCAUCCUGUUUAGAGUCAUGCAGUUUAUAGCUAGCAUGCUGAACAUUUGAAUUUAUGUGAUUGACAAAAAUAUUUUCACAAAUAAAUAAUAAACAAAAAAUAAUAGUAAAUAUCACCACUGUAUUUUUCUUCACAUAAUACAUUCUCAAGCCUUUCAAAGAGCUUCAACAGCAGUUAGGCACCAGGAUGAUGAGAAUCUAGAGAAUUUUAUUUCUGUGGUUUAGCAUUUGUAGGUGAAGCUGGGAGUUUAUGAUAUAAAAAA